UGUAUCUUAAACGGCAAAGUCUACUUAUUCAAAGCCAGGAUGGUUAUUGAAGGGAAAUCUCUGUCUGAAGCUCUGCUGUCUGCCAAGGCAGAGGGUCGACUUACUGUUGGUGUCUAUGAAAGCGCACAAAUAAUGAACGAGGACCCUGACAGUGUGUCUUUCUGCGUUUUGGCUACUGAUGACUUUGAGUGUGACAUCGCUCUCCAAAUCCAUUUUACUCUGAUUCAAGCCUUUUGCUUUGACAACGACAUAAGCAUCGUCAGGGUGAAUGACUUGAAACGUCUUCGAAACCUGGUUGGUGCCAAGGGCCAGGACGCGCACUGUGUCCUUAUAACGAACCCAGCUGAUGAUUCGUGGGAAGAUCCUGCUCUAGAAAAGCUCCACCUGUUCUGCGAGGAAAGUCGCAGUUAUAACGACUGGGUUCCUGAGAUCACCCUGCCCGAGCGUUGAUCUGGAGCUUUACUCUUCUUUGCUGAGAUGAUGUAAACCUUGAGGAAUACUCUGCUCAUUCUUUGAAUUAAGGAUGAUGAUGUUUCCACAUCCCUGGAUGCUCCUGAGGAGGCUUAUCAGUCCAGGCAGCGCGAGGCAGGCCCGAGUGGCCCCCGCGGUUCUACGUCGUUUCUCGUCACGUCCAUGCCAAGAUGAUCCUCAUUCUUUAUGUGAAUGAGGUCAGGUAUGCUACGAGAGCGACACAAUGGCCCUCAUUCUUUGUGCGGAUGAGGUUUGGAGAGAAAGGAGAAGCGAGUUUUGCCUCUGUUUAUCACAGAGCAAAUAUCGCAUGCGUUGGACACGCAGAGGACGCGGCGGUGCGUCGAAGCAACGUUUUUGAAAAUGGACUUUAACAUCACCGACGUUUUUAAAAAUGUAAUUGUUGCACAAUAUAACGUACCUUAUUGUCAACAAUGUGCUUUCCACUUUCCAGAAUUGUCUUAUACUCUAAAGGUUUCACUUUAGAAAAAUUGAUAUGACAAAAAAAGAAAAAAAACAAAAAAGAAAGAUUAAAGUAAAUCUAAAGUUUUAACUUUAGAAUCAUGUGAUACGAAAAAAUAAAACAUAUUUAUGCUGUUUUAAAUAAUUCUAGACAAAAAAGAAAUGAAGAAAUGUUUAACGCUGUCUAAAGUUUUCAUUGUGGAUAUUUUGUGUUAGAAAAAUUUAAAUAAAAG